ACGUGGUUUGUAGGAGGGGGGGCGGGGGCGGGGGCGGUAAUCUCCCCCCACAACCCACGUGGCCUCCUCUCUAACCCAGUGCAGUGACUGUCAGGCCAGACACGGCCGCGGUGGUUCCGGCGCUCUUCGUGCUGCCAGCUCGCUGUCGUGACCAACAGUCGCGGUUGGAGAGGCAUCGGGCCGUGACCACAAUGGCCCAGGGAGGAGGUGACCCGGGCCGACCCAGCCGCAUUAGCGACCUCCCGGGGCUGCUGAGACUUGCGGUGGAGGCGGGGAGCGAGGAGGAUGCGGCGCCGGGCCCGCAGGGUCCCCUGCCGAUGUCCAUUGAGAGAAGGCAGUGGCUGCAGGAGGCCCUGUCGGUGUCCAUGAGCAGCGCUCAGGACGACGUUCAGCUCAUGAAGCAGGCCCUCGACAUCCUGCGGGCCGGGCCGGGGGGCGAUUCAGAGGCCCACCCUGGGCCGCCGCCGCUGCCGCCGCCGGGACCCGACGCGGAGGCCCCGGAGGAUCUGCCGGAGGUGACAACGCGGCUGAUUAACGCGCUGGACGCCCUGCUUGACGUCACCGACAGCAUCGACAACGCUCAGGACUUCUGCAAGCUGGGCGGCAUGGCGCUGGUGGUGCAGCGCUACCUGGACGCGGACGGCGCCGAGCUGCGGUGGCGUGCCGCCGAGCUGGUGGCGACGUGCGCCCAGAACGCGCCGCGAGUGCAGGAGGCGGCGCUGGAGCUCGGGGCGCUGCCGCGGCUGCUGCGGCGCGCCGACGCCGACGCCGACGCUCGCGUGCGCGUCAAGGCCCUGCUCGCCGUCUCGUGCCUGGUGCGUGAGCUGCCGCUGGGUCGUCGCGCGCUGGCACAGGGAGACGGCUUCUCGGUGCUGCUGCGAGCCAUGCAGGACCCCGGCGAGAGGCCGCGGGUCAAGGCCGCCUUCCUCCUCCACAGCCUGCUCAUGGCCGGCACGGAGCACCACGAAGAGCUGUGCGCGAUGGGCAUGGUGCAGCAGUUGGUCGCCCUGCUGCACGCCCCCCAUGAACCCUUCCACGAGCAUGUGCUCGGAGCACUGUGCAGCCUGGUGUCGGGGCACGGAGCGGCGCUGCGCGAGAGCCGCGGGGCCGAGCUGCGCCUGCGGGAGACGCUGCUGGAGAGGAUCGGCCUCCUGGAAGGCUCCGAGCAGCACCUGGAGGCUCUGGAAUUUUGCCGGACGCUGCUGCAGCUCACGGAGGCGCCGGGCGAGGAGGUGGCCAUGGACCGGUGACGCCGGCGGCGGCGGCGGCGGCGGCGACCGGGAAACGCUCCGCGCGAUCCUCCCGGGAAACGGGCACCGAGUUCGUGAUCGCGUCUUGACGUCGCGCGUCUCCACGCACCGAAUUAUUCCCUCUUUUGCCCUGGUGCCGCGCCGCGGGCAGUGGGCCAGGUUUCUUAACCCCCUUUCCCAGGCGGUGAGGAGCCGGCGCUUAACGAUUUCCCAAGCUCUGCGGUCCUCCAUUGCAAGAAGAUGUUUUUUGGCCAAAUAACCCUCUGCCGUUUCUGACGCCGUCUUGCAAGUUUGCAAGGGGUUGGUACCCGUUCACCGCUGACUCGGUGGGCGCGAUGCGGCUCGGCGUUAAUUUUCCUCGGGGGAGGCCUAGCCGCCCCCGCUGUGUUACGUCAGCGUCGUCGCUUUUUGCCGCAGGGAACCGUAACGACGCGACCCGCCGCAACUCUGCGGUAGCCGGCGGGCAAAACUGCGACGGGGCGCCCUCCCCCCCGCGUGACCUUGCGGGGAGGCUCGGUCCAACGUCUUCCGACCUGAAGACGUUGACCGGUAAAAGGUUGCCGCGUUUUAGUUGCACGCGCGUCACCGCAACGGAAUCUGAAGAAAAUGCCGACGACGCAGACGUCGCGUGGCCGCGCGUCGUCGGAACGAAGGGAGGGUUACAUCCCUCGGGCCCUUGACCCACGCGGCCGCAGGUAUGAACGGGGCGCACCCGGUAAAAGACCGGGCAGCGUUCACCCGCAACGUUCCACGCUUAACCGCUCACUCGGUGGGGGAGGCCCUCGUCCCAACGGCGGAUGAACGGGAGGGCUCGUGGAGACGACGGCGGCUUAGUGUGGCGCAGGUGCGGUCCGAGGUCUUUGCUUGCAACCGGAAGAGAAGCCGCGGGGAGACGUUGAGGGGGGAGUGGGUGGGGGGGGGGGGGGGUCCCUGUCAAAGUUACGCCCCUGGAGGUUCCGAUUAAUUUCACUCGCGGCCGGCGACACAGGGUCGGCUGACAGCUCCACGUUGCUCAUGGAACCCCCCCCCCCCCCUUGUCACUGAACGUUUCCAGACGACGACGACGAUAAAUAUGUUUUGUUCUGCGG